CCGACAGAGAGCACAAUUCAUCUCAAGAUUUGUGCUGUUUCUUUUCAAUUUCUGUUACUUUAUGGUUGGAAUGAGUAAGAUGAAAUAAUGAAAGAUUCCGUUAACAUUUAAUAAACAAAGUGUCCUUAUGAUGUCCAGUUUCAUAAUAAAGACCGGUACAGAGUCUCUUAGAUUAGAGAAUGGACGUCUUGUGUAGGCCAACGUUCUGUCUUUGCCCGUAUCCUGUUAGCAAUUCCAAGAUUCAUUGAUCAUUGUUUUGUAAACUCUGAAAUAUUUUGUUUUAGAUGACCAUCGAGUGAAAUACCACGAAGAGGAUCCGAGCCAGUUUCAAACUGCUAAAGCACGUCGACCAAGACGACAUACGACAGGAGGACCGCAGCAAAGGGAUGCCAUUGAGAAAGCAAGACAGAUGAUUGCAAACGACCCUGAUAUCGAUUCAACGGCUCAUGAAAGCAGCUUAGGAACAUUGAACAGGAAACAACUUGUUUCAUUAUUGAAGACUAGAUAUGGUGAUGAUAUUGAGAAGUAUCGAUCGCUUAAAAAGAAGGGAGCGGUAGAUGAAGUCGAGCACCGAAAUCUUGUCGAAAAUGGCACCGCAAAGCGGAAAAAGUCGCACACCAUAUUAACAUACAAAACGUCAGGUGGGGUUAAUGGACACGUGCGAAGGAGCAGCACGAGCAGCCAAGAAAGCUCUCAGACGUCACAGGAGAGCUUGAACCCUAUAGCAUCAACGAGAAAUGAAAAAACAACAAAUCAAGUCAUAAGGACCACAAAGGUGAAGCAGUUUGGGCGAACUAGGAAAGCUUCAGAUGGUAGCUCAGUUAUGAGUGGAUAUUCAUCGUACGGCGAGGAACCUCAUGACCAAUCGACUGUAACCCAACGAACUGUCAUAACGAGAAAAAUUGUGAAGCAACCUCAAAAAGACAAUAUCAUAGAAGCACAACAACAACAAUCUCACGAGGAUGAACUGAAGGAACUGGAAAAUUUGCAGCGUCAGCAGCAAGUACUUGUAACUGAACGUCAGAGCCAAGCCAGUUCUCAACACCAACAACAGAAGCAAGAAGUAAUCGAUCGCGACAGGGUGUUAUUUCUACAAUACAAAGACGAGAUUAAGCGAGUUAAUAUGCCAAAGAGUAUCAGUUCUCUUGAUACACUUAAAGCUCUGUUCGUUACGUCCUUUCCUGGAAAGUUAAGCAUGGUUAGGAUAGAUGAGCGUGGUUUAAUUUACAUAAAAGACAAAGAUGCUGAUAUCUUUUACGAGCUCGAGGACUUGGGGUGAGUGAUUCUUUUUCAUUUGAACGUUCGGUCGUUAGUCAGUGCACAUGUGUCGCAUCGUUUGAGUUUGUUUCAAGGACAUUUGAAUUCAAAUUUUUUACUUCAUCUUUGUUGGACGCAGACACGUGAUUUCGUGUUUGCUGUUCAUGGAAGCAAAAAAGGUAAGAAAAAGGAAUGUUAAUAUCUUAGUUAGUAUCUUGGCCUGUUUGGGCCUGGUCGUCGCCAUUGUCAGCCCAAAGCAAGGCAUUUGUCACAGGCCGUUUAAUUCAACAAAAUUCAUAAUCGAUGUUCGAAAGUAGCCUGUCAAAAGGACCAAGAAAUAUCACUUAAUAUUAUAAUUAUUUUCCAUUAAAUUUUGAGUUUUAAUUAUGUCAAUUUGGCAUAAAGAAAUUGCGUAUCAUGGAACAAACGGUGAAAUAAUUCCUAUUUUUAUUGAUCACAAGUUUGAAAGGAAAAACUUUGCUCUGCUGAAUAUUUCUGUAGAAGAUUUGAGAAACAACACGACACUGUGUACAGAUGUCACUCCAUUUUUUCUGUUUUUCUUCUAUUUUACUUUUUUUAUGAUUUUUGAAGCGUUGUUUUUCAAAACCAUCGUGUUUUGUUUAAUAAUUUCAAUUUACACUCCUCUUUGUGAUAAACUCUUGACCUGCAUCAAAAUCAACUGGCCUGACAAAUCAACUAGGGUAUUUCACGUAGCGAUAACCAAGUUUGGAUCAGACAAAGGACAUGACAUGCUUAGUGCCCAGCUGUAAACCGAAAACAAGCCCCACCCACGGCAAUCUUUGCUUCUCAAGAGGAGUAAUUUAGUUUUCCGGAAACCAAAGAGGUUUUGCUUCAGUUUUCGGAGCUUUGUAAAGGGGAAUAAUGUGAAUAGGGAUACUCAUUCAUCGUUACCCUUAUAGUUAGCCGGUAUUUUUAAUGAUAUGUCUUGUUAGGAAAUCUAAAUGCCUGUGAAAUCUUGCUAUUCUUGGUUCUAACUAAUAUGAAUUGAAAUGUCUUUUUCGUAAAGAUGUCAAUUGUUAGAAAGUAAUUCCAUCGCUAGACUCGUUAUCCAUUCCUAUUUUAAGCCUGCUCAUCUGGCUCCCUGUUUACUACAAGAAAUUUGUAUAACUAAUCACCCAGCAAACAGCGGCCUUAACUACCUUGGAGUGUAGAUAUGUUCUAGAAAAAGAGCCAAUUAGCAUAAGUAAUCAUAAGUCACGCAAGUUUAUAUUGGUGCGAAAAAAAUAUUUCAAUUUUAUCGUAAUUUUAACGUUGGGAAGCACUGCAGCCGACCCUGUGCUCUGAGACUUUGCAGGCUGACAAACAGAGUUUAUAUGAAAUUCCUCCUAUUAGCCCCCUCGAAUUAGCUCUCACCCUGGAAACGAAAAAUGUUUUUAAGCCCCCAUCCUCGAAUAAUCCCCCACCCUGACAUGCAAAUUUCUACAAGAAAUGAUUUUGGUCCAUGAUAAAUCAUGUAUUCAACUGAAAAUUUAAACCUAAAAGUAAACUUCAAAAGAGUGAAAAAGCUUUGAAACACGCUCUUUAUACAGCGAUUGAAUUCCCCUACGAGAUGGUAUAAGGACAGGAUUUUAUCAUAUCCUACCUUUUUUCAUGAAAAUAAUUUUUCACUAGAAAUAUUAUAAUGCAUUCUGUAAUAAAUCCAUUUGGGUCUUCAGUGCGCCUUCAGAUUUUUGCGAGAAUCAUACUUGUCAGCAUAGGAGGUUCUUCAUGCUGACAAUCUAUUGUCUUACCUUACUAUUUUCUUUUGUUCAUUCACCUAUGUAUCGUUUGAGACUCCAGCUCAAGCAUCAAUUACUGCUGUUCAAUCUUAGAUGACGUCAACAGCCUUUACACAGCUACUCACCAUCAAAUUUUCUUAACUCUAGUUUCUAGCUCCUAUGACAACAUGUAAAGUAAUAAUUUUGUUUCCUAGAAACAGUCUCUAAAGAAGAAAAUAAUUCCCUUUUGACACCUUUCUAUCUUUGUCUUAUGGGAACUAUUGCAAUCUCAGUUUUUGAAAAAUGAUCAAAAGUUUCUUUUUAGCGGUUUUAAUACUGAGGAAACUGGAUGCAGAGUCAACCGUAGCUGUUAUUCUUUGUUUGCUUACAAAAUACUUCAUUCAAGCAAUCAAAGAAAUCGGCGUUAUCUGAUUUUUGUGAAGAGUAAAGCUGUUUUCAUUCCACGAAUAAGUGAAUAACUUUCUAAAUCUCCGUUUGAAUAAAAAGGCGAGACAGCCAGGUAUUUAUAAGAGGGUGUGCCCGAGGCCGACAAAAGGCUGAAUUUAACUCUACAUAAUUCGCGGGUGUGGCUUUUAAAAACUGUCACUGUUUUUUUCACGAAUUAGACGUCUUUUUUACUUCUGAUUGAUUUCUUUUGCUAACGUUAUUGGAAAAGAUCUGAUUUGUCUCAAGUUAGACGCGCCACAUUCUAGAUUUACAAGACUCAAAUAUGGAAUUCGUUGUGUUGUAAGUAGCUUUGCAAGUUACAAGUUGUAGCUAUUAAUUGAUUUAAGUCGCAUUUGUCGUAAGACGUAGCAGAACACGCAGAUAGAAGAUUUAAAAGUUUAUCCGAUCAAGGUGAUUGUGAAUACUUGUUCAUCGCUCACUUACUUGAUCUGUAUGCAAC